AUGGCAGACCCAGCGCCUCCAGGUCCCCCAGACUUCCCAGAUCCCGCAAAUGAUCAGCAAGCCCCCGAUGGUCAGCAGCCAAUUCCCCAAGUUGUAAUCCCUCCACUUCCAGACUUCGCAUUGGCUGCCGACAGCCUUCAGAUUGAAGACUAUGGGAUGCAGGUUCUGCAGCAGUUACGUCUCAUGAAUGACGGAAUGAACACACGAUUUGACGCGAUGGAUGCUCGAUUUGACGCGAUGGAUGCUCGACUUGGCGCUAUGAAUCAGCGAAUUGACUCUAGAGACCGCGCAUCUCGCCUCGUAAAUCAAGUCUAG